AUGAAAGUAUUUCAAGAAAAUUCUUCAUUAACAGUAUUCUUGGUUCCACAACAUGAAUCAGAUACAAUUUCAGCUGCUGAAGGCGUUUUUAUCUAUCAUGGAGUCAAACAUGGUCAUAGUUACAAUUCUCAGAAAUGUACCAUUAGUUUAGUUCGAAAUUUGUUUGAAUCUUCGUCGUCUGUGGCAAAAUUAAUGUCUUGUGGUAAGACUAAAGCAAGAUCCAUGACAUGUAAUGUGCUUGGUCCUUAUUUCACAAGAAAACUUAUUGAUGAUUUAUCAAAAGCACAGUUUUAUUCAAUAUCUGUCGAUGCAUCAAAUAAAGGAAAUCGUAAAAUGUUCCCAUUUGCUGUUCAAUAUUUUGCCGAAACAGGACUGGUUGAAUUUAUUGAAGAUCCACAUGAAUCUGCCAAUGAUAUCGUCAAAAAUAUAUGCAAAAUUAUCAAAGAUCAUAAUUUGAAAAUUGAAAAUCUAACUAGUUUAGGUGCUGAUAAUGCCAAUGUUAAUUUUGGUGAAUACCACUCAGUGUUUAAACUAUUAAAGGAUUUACAACCUCGUCUACGAAAAGGAAAUUGCUAUGGUCAUGUGCUUCAUAAUUCAGUAAAAACUGCUCACGAUGAUCUACCUAUUGAUAUUGAAACUAUUUUAUGUAAAGCUUACUCGUAUUUCUCGAGAUCUGCAAAACGACUUGAAAGUUUGAAAGAAUAUUUUGAGUUUGUUCAAGUUGAUUUUGACGUCUUGUUGAAACAUAUUAGCACGAGGUGGUUGAGCUUGUUGCCCUCAAUUGAACGUUUACUUGAAAAAUUCGAACCGGUGAAGCAGUUUUUUUUAAAUCAACCAACAUCAACAAAAGCUCAACAAGUUUUAAAUGCUUUCUUUCAAAACGAUGAAGGUCUUUGUAUCCUGAAUUUUUUACAAAAUGUGCUUACUGAAAUCCAAAAGGCUGAAUUACAAUUACAACGUUCAAAUACAACAGUAGUUGAUCUUCAUUUCAUAAUUACUAAUCUAAUCAAUAAAUUACGUCAAAAAUUGGUCGAUAAAUUUUAUGGUAAUAAAACACGUUUAAUCUUGAAUCAAUUAAAACAAAUUGAUCAAGCUAAAAAUGAAGAAUUAACAAAAGCAUUUGAAUUAUUUAUCGAUACAGUCAUCGUUUACAUCAAAUCUUAUUUUGACAGUGACAAUGAAUUUUAUGAAAAACUUUCCUUUUUUAAUGCUAAAUCAUUUGAAUUUCUUACUUGGGAGAAAUGUUUAGAUGUUGUUGAUAUACUGCAUAUUGAUGAUUUAGAUAUAGACAAAUUACACAAUGAAUUUUGUGAUAUUAAAUAUUUAUAUGAUAAUUUAAACAAGAAAAAUAUCAAAUUGAGUGAUCAAAUUAAUUCAUACAUUUCGAGUAAAACAAAUUCUAUUAGUUCAUCAACAAAAAUCAGUUUGGAAUGUAUUGCAUUUGAUGAUGUUGAUGAUGAAAAUAUUGCUCAAGUUCCGGAAGACCACAAUAUUGACAAUUCUAUUCGAUCCGAUCAAUUAUGGUCAUUUCUCUUAAAUUAUAAUCCAAAUUCAGCACCAAAUUUAUACAAACUGAUUUGUUAUGUAUUCUCUAUACCAUGUUCAAAUUCAUAUGUUGAAUCGAUCUUUAGCCAUAUGAAACAUGUAUGGUCUGAUUAUCGUAAUCGCAUGGACAUAAAACUAGUUAGUGCUGAACGUAAGAUAAGAAUGAAUGCUAAUUAUUCUUGUGAACAGUUCUACAAACAUAUUUUAACUGAUAAACAUUUAUUGCAGCAAAUUCGAAAAAGUGAAAAAUAUCAAUAG